AUGGAUAAGGAUGUUCUACUGGACUAUGAAUACCCAGACCUGGACCCCCUACCAUCUAAAAUCGAAGCUGAAAUAAUUCCUCCAUGUGACCCCACUGCUGAUGACAGGCUCUACCAUAUAUGCAUCACUGCAAUAUCUCUUGUUGUCAUGCUGAUCCUAGCAAUCUUAGCCAGACGCACAAAGAUGGGUAACAGACCGAAAGGGCUCCCAGGUUUACUCAGUCCGGUCAACUUCCUGGACCAUACACAGCACAAGGGCCUGGCAGUGGCUGUGUUUGGAGUGCUCUUGUGCAAACUAUUUGGCCUCGUCAUAUCGCCAAACCCCCUCCCCUUCACGACAGACUCCGAAAACAAACAGAACUGGCUGAUUCUGGGAGUCUUCUACUAUCCCGCACUAUACUACCCUCUCCUGGCAUGUGGUACCUUGCAUAAUAAAGUUGGCUAUGUACUUGGUAGCCUCUUGUCAUGGACACACUUUGGCGUUCUCGUCUGGCAGAAAAUUGACUGCCCCAAAACACCUCAGAUACACAAACACUACUCUCUUUUCUCCAGCCUGCCCCAAAUAGCUUGCCUGGCAUUCCUCAGUUUCCAGUAUCCUCUUCUCCUUUUCAAGGGUUUAAAGGGCACUGAAAAGAACAAUGCUGCUGAGGAUCUAAGCAGCAGCUACUAUAAAGACUAUGUGAAGAAAAUCCUCAAGAAAAAGAAGCCCACCAAAAUCAGCACGUCUAGCACAGAGACGCCCAAGCUGCCUCAAAGAAUAAUUGAUGCUGUGAAAUCAUACAUUUAUACACCAGAGGAUGCCUUCCGUUUUCCACUGAAGUUGGCUAUAUCUGGUGUGGUAUCAUUUAUAACACUGUAUCAGAUGGGGCUGCUAAUCAUCUUGGCAGUGGUGCCGACUCUCCAGAUUGCUCGUUUGGGAGUAGACGAAGAUAUUGCCAACGUUUUAGCUGGCUUUAGGAUUGUGUUAUCUCCAGACAAACAUGAAGUGGUCAGAUUAGUCAUUUACUACAUGUGGUGUGUAGAAGUGUGUUAUAUCUCAGCAAUGACUCUGUCAGGAUUGGUCAACCUGGUGAUGCUCAUGCGAUCCAUGGUUCUGCAUCGGUCUAACCUGAAGGGGCUGUACAGAGGAGAUAUUUAUAAUGUUUACAACUGCCAGAGAAGGAUCAGGGCUUCCCGACCAGCACUGGUCUGCUGGAUGGGAUACACCAGCUUCACAGCAGCUCACAUUUGCAUUGGCAUGAUCAUCCAGACCAUGGUGUUCUUCCUCUGUCUUCUGAUCGCUGUCUUCCUCAUUAUAAUACCCGUCCUGCACACACAGAAUCUGAUUCUCUUUCAGAUCCUGUGGAGUAUGUGGCCUUUCUGGCUGAUGAUUAUCUUGGCUGUGUUGAUUCAACAUAUUACUGCCAGGUUUUGUUUCAUCAAAAAAAUAGCAGGCACACGAGACCUAAACAACAGGGGUAGUCUGUUCCUGCUGACGUACCUGCUGUUUCCAGUCAAUGUUCUGAUUGGGGUGCUAUUGGCAGUCUGGCGCAUGAUCAUCACAGCCCUGUUCAAUAUUGUCCACAUGGGACGCAUAGAUAUCAGUCUCCUUAACCGAAACGUGGAGGCCUUUGAUCCAGCCUACCGCUGCUAUGCUCAUUAUCUGAAGAUUGAGGUGAGCCAGUCUCACCCUGUGAUGAAGGCCUUCUGUGGGAUGCUGCUACAGUCUGUGGGCCAGGAGAGCAAUGCUGCACAGAGGUCACGGGAUGCUGAAGAGGGGAUCCAGCUGGUCCAGCAGGAGAAGAAACAGCACAAAGUAUCUAGUGCCAAGAGGGCUCGUGGGCACUGGCAGCUCCUCUACACCCUGGUCAACAACCCUUCCCUGGUGGGCACCAGGAAGCACUUCCAGCGUCAGACCACAGAGAGCUUUCUGAAUGGAAGCCUAAACCGCAGCACCAAGGAGGGGAGCAAAAAGGAGGCAGCAAGCAAGGAGGCAGAGGCUGCUGCAAGCAACAGAACAUGA